UUCAUUCGCCUUUGUGAAUCGGAGUUAGAAGCAGAUAUAGGCUGUAAUUGAUGUGUUAUGGAAAACGUAAUUUAAUUAAGUAAAUUAUACUGUGACUAUAAUAAGUACGUAAACUGAAAAUCGAAAGCGUACUGUAAAGAAUAAUCGAAAAUAUGCAUUGAAUUACUUUGUGGUGUUGUCUGCUGUGCCGAGAGAAAAGAAGUUGCUAGUUAUCGCGUUUGUUAUUUUCGAACAUUAAAAAUGAGGAGUCGAAGUAAUUCAGGUGUUCGGUUGGAUUAUUACCAAAGAAUAGUUCACAAGAUAAUAAUGAAUCACCAGAACCCUGUAACAGGUCUGUUACCUGCCAGCCCUCAAAAUAAUCAUGCCUGGAUUCGAGAUAAUGUUUACUGUAUACUGGCUGUUUGGGGAUUAUCAAUGGCAUACAAGAAGAUUGCUGACAUGGAUGAAGAUAGAGCUAAAACUUAUGAAUUAGAACAGAGUUGUGUGAAGCUCAUGAGGGGACUGCUGAUGGCAAUGAUGCAGCAGAAGGAUAAGGUGGAGAAGUUCAAGUCAACACAGAACCCUCUGGAUGGUCUGCAUGCAAAGUACAGCUCCUCCACUGGCCAAGCUGUUGUACGAGAUGAUGAGUGGGGGCAUCUUCAGAUUGAUGCAGUGUCAUUAUAUCUGCUUAUACUGGCACAGAUGACUGCAUCAGGUCUUCAGAUUGUAUUCAAUUUGGAUGAAGUGUCAUUCAUUCAAAACCUGGUUUUCUACAUUGAAUCAGCAUACUGUAUACCUGACUAUGGCAUCUGGGAGCGUGGAGACAAGACAAAUCAUGGAUUGCCAGAGCUAAAUGCAAGUUCUAUUGGAAUGGCAAAGGCUGCCUUGGAAGCAAUGAAUGAACUGGAUUUGUUUGGAGCCCGUGGUGGACCAUCAUCAAUAAUACAUGUUCUGGCAGAUGAGGCUCAGAAAUGCCAGGCAGUUUUACAGUCAAUGCUACCAAGAGAAUCUAGUUCUAAAGAGUUAGACAGUGGUUUAUUAUCUGUCAUCAGUUUUCCUGCAUUUGCUGUUGAUGAUCCUCAGUUGAUUCAGCUCACAAGAACAGCUAUUGUGUCAAAGCUUCAGGGGCGGUAUGGUUGCAAAAGAUUUCUUCGUGAUGGACAUAAGACACCAAAGGAGGAUCCAAAUCGUCUUUACUAUGAGCCGUGGGAACUGAGGAUGUUUGAGAACAUUGAGUGUGAAUGGCCAUUGUUUUUCUGCUAUCUCAUACUGGACUAUUGUUUCCAAGGGAAUAAGAAUGCUGUCAUUGAAUAUACUGAAGCACUCGAAGAGAUCAUGAUACGUACUGAAGAUGGGAUGAAGCUGGUGCCAGAACUGUAUGCUGUUCCAAAUGAUAAGGUAUCAGGAGAGUACCGUGAACCAGGUAGCCAAGAGCGAGUUGUUGUAGGACGCUGUCCCUUUUUGUGGGCCCAGUCCCUUUACAUAUUGGGUAAACUUCUCCAAGAGGGUUUUCUGGCUGUUGGUGAACUAGAUCCAUUGAAUCGCCGGUUGUGUUCAGAGAAAAAACCAGAUGUGGUGGUCCAGGUGGUGAUCUUGGCAGAAGAUAAUGAUAUUCGUGAGAAGUUACGACAGCAUGACAUCAUAGUGCAGACUAUUGAUGAGGUUGCUCCAAUUGAAGUUCAACCAGCUAGAGUUCUUAGUCAUCUUUACACAUAUCUUGGUCGAAACAAGAAACUUGGACUCUCUGGGCGCAAAUCUCGUGAUGUUGGAAUCCUGAGCACAAGUAAAUUGUACUCUUUACAUGAUCGAAUAUUUGCUUUCACUCCCCAGUUGACAGACUUGACUCGUUUCUACAUCGCUUCUGAUUAUGAGUUGAUGAUUGACAUUUUCAAGAGUGAAUUGAAUUUCCUGAAGUCUUCUUGGCAGAACAUGUUAGGCCGACCACUUGUCGUCAUGGCGAUGAAGAACAUUCACCUAGGUACAUGGUGUGAUGAUCAAGGGAAAAUCCCCUUGGCAAUGUUAACAACAAUGAAAAAGUUGAAGAGUGGAUAUAUCAAUGGAACCAGGGUUACUUUGGGAAACCUGAAUGACUUCCUCAGUACAUCAUGCAUCACCAAUUUAAGCUUCCUUGGUAGCCAGGAGGAUGGUUUACCAGAUCGGCUAAACCCACAAGUGCAGAUAUACUUGGAAGAACACUUACUGAAGUCACUUACUCCUCGUUCGCAACUACUUAACCGCCCAGCCAUACGUAAAGGGGGUGCAAUGCGGCGCCGUAUGUCAGUGAAGGGAGCCAUCAAGAAGACCCGAUCAAUAGCAGUAGAACCUGAUAUUUUGGGUAUGCAAGGUGAUGAGCGUUCAGAGAGAAGACCAUCUCAUUUGGCAGCUGAUUCAGAAGCAGCUAAGACAUCUCCUAGGUCACCCUCACCAGAAGAUCUUGUGCCAUUAUGGAAACUGAAUGCAGCUCCCAAAGCAAGGGUUACUUCAGAAGCUACACAGUAUGCUGACACAGAAGUUGAAGAACUCCUGACUAUGCUUAGAGAAACUGAACACCUUGAAGAACAAGGAGACAUCUUACAGUACCUUGUUGAUACACAGGGACUUGACUUCAAUACAGGUGUGUAAAUGGAUAGGAUUCGACCUUUUA